AUGGAAGAGACUUGUGGCUAUCAUUCGCAUCAAUAUGUUAUUGAUGAAAACAAACCCUUGCCUAUUCGACCACAGUCUACUAUUUCAUCACCUCACUGCUUGGAUUAUGACAAAACAGAGCAGCAGCAAGAAUUCAAUCAGCAGUCGAGGAAAAACCCUUCUGGUAUCCCAUCAACAACACUCACAACAGUACCCACGUCCCCAAUGCUAUCCCAUCAACUAUGGUACUGUUGAACCCUGCUGCACCCCAGUGGUUUUAUAAUCAAUCAUCUUGGCUUCAGUAACCCGUUGGUCAACCUCACUAUCAAACGUUCGAAUGCCUGAUGGAAACUCAGGACCGUCAAAAUGUCGCCCUACAAAGGUUGGUACAACAACAGCAACAGAGUGUCAUGGCACUUACAUUACUGCAACCCACAAUAAAGGUCUUCACAGGAGAUCCCAUUGAUUACAGUGAUUUCGUCUGAGGGUUUGAACUUCUUGUUGAAGAAAAAACGCUUAAUCCAAGUGCUCGUCUGUAUUACCUGAUCCAAUAUACGUCAGGACCUGUUCAAGAUCUCAUGAAAAGUUGCUUGACUAUGAAGAACGAUGAAGGCCACAUCGAAGCAAGAAAACUGUUAAAGGAUAGAUACAGACAGGGCUAUAAAAUCGCUGCAGCACAUGUGUAAGGACUGACCGAAGGAUCACUCAUAAGGAACGAGGACGGAGACGCACUCGUGAAGUUUUCUAAACAGCUAACCAGCUGUACCAACACUCUCAAGGAAAUUGGAUGUCUCAGCAAGUUAGAUCACCCUGAAAAUCUAAAAAAGAUCAUUGGUCGACUUCCAUUUGGGAUGCGACUAAAAUGGCGUGAUGCUGUUGACCGCAUUGUGGAGAACGAAGGAAGAGACGUCACAAUCAAGGACGUAACAAGUUUUGUGACCGCAAGGGCUAGAGCAGGUACUCAUCCGGUAUUUGGAAGGGUCGUUAACGAAGGUAGAGGAAAGCAACGAGAAACCCAAACAUCAAUCUGGUCUAAGAGCAAGCGGGUUUGCAACGCGAGGAGAUUAACCAGUCCACAACAGUCAAGAAUCGAACAAACCAACUGA